UGUUCUAGUGGAAGGUUCUGUGUUGACGUCUCCUGAAUUUAUGAAAUUUUUGAUGGUCAUGAUUGUCAUGCUGCCUCUGUCACUGUACAAAGAGAUCGAGAAGCUUGGCAAGGUGUCAGCUAUCUCGAUUUUGUGUGUUGGGUUUAUUGUUCUGGUAAUUAUAAUCAGAGCAGGAACGAUGGGGCCUGAUAUUCCAGUGACGUCAGAUGGAUAUUCUAUUGCUCGAUCGGGAUUUUUUCAGGCAGUUGGAAUCAUGGCAUUCGCGUUUGUUUGUCAUCACAACAGCUUUCUGAUCUAUAAAUCUAUUCAGAAUUAUUCAAUAGAGAAAUUUAGUCGUGUGACUCACAUCUCUGUGUUCGUCUCUUGGUGUGCUUGUUCUGUUCUAGGACUAGCUGGGUAUUUGACGUUUACAGGGAACACAGAAGGAGAUCUACUGAGAAAUUACUGUCCUGAUGAUGUACUGCUGCUUGUUACUCGGUUUUUGUAUGCUAUUACGAUUAUGCUGACAUUUCCUAUCGAGUGCUUUGUUGCAAGAGAGGUGGUCAGUGUGUUGUAUGUCAACAUUCGGAAAGAUGGUAAGGAGACCAAGUUGUGGUUUCACAUUCUCGUCACAUGCGGCAUUGUCGGACUGGCACUCGGUAUUGCUUUACCAAUCAACAAUCUUGGUACUGUUCUUGAAUUCACAGGCUGUUUGACUGCAACACCACUUGCAUUUAUUCUUCCUGCUGCUGGUUACCUCAAAGUUGCCGAUGGUCGUGUACUGUCCCAGAAAAAACUGCCCGCUCUCUUUCUGUUUCUCUUCGGACUUGCAGUGAUGCUCAUCGGCACCGUGCUGGCAAUCAUCGAGACCGUUGACGACUCCAGAAUAUGCGAUCAGUGGAGCUACUGCAAUAGGACACUCACGAUAGUCAACAGCAGCAGCGUAUACUGUGUGCAAUACGUGUAGAUACGAUGGGAUUUUAUGAACUUGAUUGUUCAGUUUUGAUCUUGUAUAUAAGUGUGUGUGUAUUUGAUUAUAAGUGUGUGUACUUGGCGUUUGAUAAAGAAUCAACAUGAAUUGAAAAGUUUAUAGACUUCGUAACGUUGGACCCAAGGGGGUCCAGGGGCAGGACCCCCUUAGUAUUUUUUUUCUUUACUGCAUUACUUCCAAAUGCAAUAAAUCAUGA